AUGUCUGGAGCGGCCGCGCUGCGGAGAUCCGGCAGCAACAGCCUCUCCGCCCUGCUGCGCGCCGAGGACGACGACCCCGGCGCCCUGGCCGCCACCAAGCGGCGUGACGGAGGGGGGCGCCGAGGGAGGUCCGGCGGGAGGAGGAGCUGCCUCCGCCUGCCCCUCGGCGGCGCCGGCGGGUGCCGCGUCUGCGCCUGCGACGAGGUCGACCCCGCCCCGCGCCGGCGCGCGCCAGCGGACGGGGACGGGGACGGCGAGGCGGAGGCGGGCGGGGAGGAGCAGCGCGUCCCCGCCGCGCUCCAGUGCUUCUCGUGGAAGAAGGGCCCCGCGGCCGUCGCGCGCAUCGGCCGGGCAUUGCGGGUCGAGGAUGAUGCGGUGGCGGAGGAUGCGGCGCCGUCCCUCACGGCGCUCCCGGACGACGUGCUGGAGAUGGUGCUCAGCCGCCUGCCGCUGGCCUCGCUCCUUGCCGCGCGCUGCGUCUGCAGGCGGUGGAGGGACCUCACGGUCGCGCCGCAGCUGCUGCGGCUGCGCCGAGAGGGGCCGCGCGCGGCCACGACGCCGUGGCUUUUCCUGUUCGGGGUCGAGGCGGACGGUGGCUGGGGCGCGUCCGCUGCCGCCACGGCCGUGCACGCGCUCGACGUGGCCGCGCACCGGUGGCGCCGGGUCGGGGCGGCCCCGCUCAAAGGUAGGUUCUUGUUCUCCGUCGCCGGCGUCGGGGACGAGCUCUACGCUGUUGGCGGCCGCUCCGGGGGGUCGAGUGCUGGCUCCGUCAAGACCAAGACCCACAAGGGAGUUAUGGUGUUCAGCCCUCUCACCGGCGCAUGGCGGAAGACCUCCCCGAUGCGGGCGGCGCGGUCACGGCCGGUGCUGGGGGUGUUCGUGAUGUCUGCCAGUCGCAGCAUUGUCCACGCCCGCGCUGAGAAGCAUGUCCGGCGUGCCAACGCCGGCGCCAAGUUCCGGCUGGGAGGCACCUCCGCCGUGUACGAGGACCCGCACCGGCUCUCGCUCCGGCGGCUCCGUCUCAGGGAUGUACUGAACGAGGACACUGAUUCCACUGUCCCAGCUCACGGUCACGGCAAGGCUUCCAGGCAACAGAAGCAGCCAGCUCAGGCAAGGCAAGCUCUCAUCGCUGUGGGUGGCCGAGGGCCAUGGGACGAGCCCCUCGUGUCCGGCGAGAUAUACGAUCCGGUGACCGACAAAUGGGUCGAGAUCGCUGGGUUCCCCACCGACGUCGGCUUGGCAUGUUCCGGUGCCGUCUGCGGCGACAUGUUCUACGUCUACUGCGAGUCCGACACGGUCGUCGCCUACCAUCUCGACGCCUGCUCAUGGUCCGUCGUCCAGACGUCCCGGCCACCGCCGCGGCUCCGAGACUACACGCCGGCGCUGGUCUGCUGCGCGUCCCGGCUGUUCAUGCUCUGCGUCUCAUGGUGUGACCCGGCGAACCGCAGAGACAAGGUGGUGCGGAAGGUGUUCGAGCUGAACCUCGGCUCGACACCGCUGCUCCACUGGACUGAGGCGUCCGCGCACCCCGACGCGCCCAUGGAUUCCAACGCGGUGUUCGCCGCCGGCCAGGACAGGAUCUACGCCGUGGAGAUGUUCAGGAUCUUCGGCAAGGUCCUGGACUUCGCGACGGCGUGCCGGGUCUCCGGCGGCGAGCAGAGCUGGAGCCGCAUCGCCCGGGAGAACGCGGCGGCGGAGGCCGACGCCAUGUCCUGCCGGCUGAAGUCCAUGGCCGUGCUGCUCCUCUGA